UGUAUAAGCAAAAGUUGUAGUUUCAAGAAAGAAGAUUAAUAGGAUCCAGUGGUCGUUGCAUACGGAAUGCAUCAGUUACAGUUGAAAGAAACAAAAUUUGGAAUUUCUCUAUAAUCCCUUAAUCAUUACCAUUCAGUGAUUGGUUGAAAAUGGCGAAAACGGAGAACAGAAGUCUGUCGUGGAAGCGUCCUUCAGGUCCUCCCAAAAUCUGGAAACGUUUCGAGAUUAAUGAGAAAACAGGAAGUGAAGGAAAGGAUGGAAAAGUUUUGAGGUUUUCAAUCGAGGAAAUUCCGACUGACAGAUAUGACGAAGUUCUUGACCUUAUAGUGAAUAAUUUCAUGGCUGAUGAGCCGCUCUGUCGCUGCCUCAACAUAAAGGACGAUCCUGCUGGUGUUGAAGAUUUUCGAAACUUUUGGCAACUUUCUUUGAAACAAGGAAUCAGCGUAGGACUAUUUCUUGAUGAUUCUGACAUAGAUAAACGUGAAAUCGUAGGAGCAAACGUACUUCUGGUACUGACACACGAGGACGAAGAAUUGUUUGAUGAAGUUAAAUUCAAAUCAGCCGCUGCCGAAACAAUAAUAAAUUUUGUUAUGAAUGCAACCGCAGAAACUAAUGUACUGGAUCAUUAUAAAGUUGACAAAUAUAUAUCUGCAUUAGGACUUGUCUUGAUUCCACGUUUUAGAGGAUAUUCUCUUGGCGGCCAUAUUCUUGGCGUAAGAAAUGACAUCGGUCAGGAAUACAAAAUUCCUGUAACGGAAACUGCAUUCACUGGUACAGCAUCUCAGAUUCUUGCGCAGCGCAAUGGAUUUGAAGUUCUCCUCGUGAAAAAGUAUUCUGAAGCUUACGAUAGCGAUGGCCAACUUCUUUUCCCAAAUGUUGAUUGUGAAUGUGCUAAAAUGAUGGCAAAACGAUUGUAUUGAAAUUCUUAUCGCAAUAUUUAUCGAAUUCCUUCUGUUAGCUAUAUAUUCAUUUUCCUCAAUAUCUGCCACAGCGCACACUUAACGAGAAUCUACUGUACCGACGGAUUUUUGAAGUUGCUGUUUGCUACUCUUAACUAAAUAUUAUGCAGUACAAGUCCGAA